GCAGGAAGAGACAGGCAGGGAGGAGCCUGGUCAGUACUCACACUGACAGCCACAGGAAGACUGAGAGAGAGACAGGAAAAUGUAAACAGUGAGACCGGAAUCAGCAAAUCCAGAUUGUGGCAAAGAUGGAGUCUGUAUUCCUGUCAGGACUUCGCCUGAAAACACUGACCUUCAUCGUAAUUACUGUCUGCAGCCUUCCAGUAACAAAUUCAUUCAUCUGUGCGUACAUGGAUCGCAAUAGUUCCCUUCCACAGAUUUUUGAUGAUCUCCCUGCGAUGUUUGGAUUUUCUUUGCCCUUAGAUGGGCUGAGGGGGUAUCUAGUCGGAGCUGAGCCCGCCAAUGCCUGCACCCCUAUCCAGCCCCCGCCAGUGAUGGACAAUAAAACCAUAUUCUUUGCUUUGAUCCAGAGGUUCGACUGCAAUUUUGAUAUUAAGGUACUGCACGCACAGCAGGCCGGUUUUCAAGCUGCCAUUGUACACAAUGUGAACUCAGAGAAGCUGCUAAAUAUGAUGUGGAAUGAUGAAAAAAUCCGUAAAAAUGUCAAAAUCCCUUCUGUGUUUGUUGGAGAAUCUUCUGGGAAGGAGCUGCUUAGCCAUUACUCCUACUAUGAUAACGCCAUUGUCUUCAUGGUCCCGGAGUAUAACUUCUCGCUGGGAUAUUAUCUCAUCCCCUUCAUUGUGGUCGUAGCUCUGGUGAUCAUCGUCAUGUGUAUCGUCAUGGUAGUGCGCUGUUUGCAGCACAGAAAGAGGAUGCGCAGGAAUCGCCUGUCUAAGGAACAGCUAAAGAAACUCCCCAUCCACAAAUUUAAAAAAGGUGAUGAAUAUGAUGUCUGUGCCAUCUGUCUGGAGGAAUACGAGGAGGGCGACAAACUGCGUGUGCUGCCAUGUUCCCAUGCGUACCAUUGCAUGUGUGUUGACCCCUGGCUGACCAAGACUAAGAAGAGCUGUCCUGUGUGCAAACAUCGUGUCCUGCGAUCGGAGGACGACUCUGACUCUGAGAGCGGUGGGGUGGAACCUGGAGAUGGUGACAACGUAGAGGAAAACGAUAAUGAGCGGACCCCUCUCCUUCGACCCUCUCCUUCAUUUGGCAGCAUGGCCGAUUCCCCCACAGCUAUCCAGAAUGAAGCAGAGGUCGAACCUCCCCGGGCAGUCAGCGUCUGAGAAAGCCUUGGUCCUUCGCCAUGUGUAUCUCGGUUAGACUGUGUUGAUCCCAGGAUCCUUUGUGCACACAGUGGCAGAUAAUUUGCACGGUGACAGAUCCACUCCCAGAAUCCUUUGCCCUGCCACUUACCCAUUCCCAGAAUCCUUUACGAUAGAAUAUCAAUUCAUCUCCGUAAUUGUUUUGCCUUGUAUUUUCUCCAUCCCCCAUAACCCUUUGUUCUAGAAGCAUCGGGUUGUGUUCUCGUGCUCUUUUGGGGUUUCAUUUUUUGUUUUUUUGUUUUCUUGUAUUUUAUUGAUCUCCUUGAUCAGUCCAUUACUUGAGGACUGGUUUAUUCCAAUCAUCUCCUAACGCUCAUGGGUCAGAGUGGCACGAACUGCUGCGUUAGACAUGGCCACCUGUUGUACCGAGAGAUGCUGUCAUGGGGACGGCUAUUUCGAUUAGUUGACAAAUGGGGUAAAAGACAAAGAAUUGGUCAUAAUGGAAGAUAUCUGUGUACCUCUAGACUGGCUUAGGGGAUAUUUCCCUCCUCGUGCAGCGUUCUGUAAUUACUCUGUAUCUGACUAAUGUUUUUGAAUAAACAUGAUUUCCUAACUAAUGAUAUAACUCUGACUCUGAGCCCCCAGCAGCCAUUGGACGACGUCAAUGACACUGUCGGGAUUGAUUUGUAUUUUCGGUGUAACUGGAUGAUUCCAUUGCUUAGUUAAGUAUAGAUUCUAUUUUCGUGGAGUUCCGCAGCAGAUGACGAAAGGGGAAUCCGAACGCCAUUGGAAAGUUUUGGGCAGGGAGGGAGAAGAGAAUAUAAGAUAAAACGUCAACCAUUGAGAGAGGUGGAUAGAGAAAGGAAAAGUACGAGGAACAUGGGGUGACCUGACCAAUCAAAAUUAACAGACCACGUGAUCCCCACGUUGCACUGAGGGGUUGGAAAGCUCAGAUUGUUUUCGGACAGCACGGCCCAUUACAGCCAGCUGCUGGCUGAGAGUGCUGAGUUUGUAGACUUGUACAUUAAUAAUCUGGAAUCUGCAGAAUAUGUGGCUUUAAUUUAUAAUCUAACAAUGAUGUCACAGCUGUGAUUACACUAUUGUCCGGCUGAUUUACCUGUCCUACAAUGCCGCGCUGGACGCCUUGCUUUAGAGACAUGCAGGGCACACCGAAAGAGACGUGCAAGGUUUAGAGACAGACAGGGAGGAGCCCGUGGGAAAGACCUGCCAUGUGUAUUAUAAACCUAACAAUAGCAGGAUUUUUUUUAAUAUCUGUAUGAAUAAACUUAUUAUAAAACCAAUAAAAAAAACCAUCUCUUCCAA